ACUUUAAGCUGGAAGUUAAGUUUAGGACUCAGAAAUUUCAGUCUUGGUGAGAUGCAGAGGAUAACUACUUCAUUUCAACGCUAGACGUCCGUUGCUUGAUCCCUCGCAGAGGUCUGACUACAACUACUAAAGCAAGAUGGGGAAAUGAUGGGAGCUCACCAAGACAGAGAAUGAAUGAGAUUAUGCUUGGCCAUGCCGGGUAGGUGAAAUCCAAGCAGACAGUCAGGAAAGAUUAGGAGGAUGAUAUUCAGCAAAUGAAUAUCAGAAUGUCACAUUUGCAAGGUACACACAUUAGACCAGCUACAUAACAUAUGGUUUACCUAAAGUGUACAAGCUGUUGACAGAUUUUCAUUAAGGACACACACUUGUCUGAUAUGUCUCCUCAGAGAAUGUCAAAAAAAUUUUGUCCUCUUUCACAAUGAUAGCACACAGGCUGAAUGUAGGUUUUCAUGUAGCUUUCAUAUAAGUGUAUUGUGAUAUUGAGCAUGUUUAAUUCAUCUCUUUCUUUAACACAAGGUUUUAUCAAGUAAAAAAAAGAAAGUUCACAUAAUAUCCGUUUCUUAGAUGUACAUCUUCAGACACGCCCUGUUGGUUUGAGCCACAUGUAGCAUCACUGAGAAAGAACCUGCCUGUCAGCCAGCUCUAUAGGCUUCAAAGAGUUUGCAGUUGUGAUGUGGAUUUUAUGAAGCAGAAACUAUGCUUUCAAGAUUUUUUUGGGUGGAGAAUACCCAAAAGAAUUACUUCUGCCAGGGAACAUUUCCCGCAGCAGUCGUACAGACAUAACAACCUUAGAUCCUUCAAUUAAAUUGUGAGCGGAAAUUACCCUUCAAUUUGCACAAAUUAAUUUGUUAUUGAACAAGCUAAACAUGUAUAAACUGUAUGAAGUGCAGUUUUAUUUGCACAAAAUGACAUAACAUCCUUACUUGUGCCUGUGUUCAUGAUUCCUUCUGUCCAGUCAAAUAUUCUAUUGGUGAGUCUUAUAGUAGGCUACUGUAAGUAAAGGUCUUAUAAAAGGAAAAUCACUUUGUAAAAGAUCUUGCUGUAAAUCCCCUGUUGUUGCCAAGGUUUCUCAUGUUAGCUAGGGAUAUUUGAUGAAUUCAGAAAGUAAAGAGGGAAAGAAGCUUAUCUGGAAAGAGGGAGAGACACAGCAAUACUUGCGAUACAUCCUUAGAGGAUGCAAAGUUAGUCUUUCUGUAGAUACAGUUGGCACUGGCAGCAUAACCAUUUGCUGCAGUGCGUGGAAGUAGUAAUUCAAAGUAAACCAAGAGAAAUUAAUUAUUGAUGUGUUAUGAGAGACAACCAUACAUCAUUAUGGCAUUUAGGUGGAAAGAAAAUAAGAAAGAAUUAUUGAGUAGGCACAAGUUAGGUCAGCCUGGGUACACAUGGGAAGGGGAAAUGCAAGCACACAAAUACCAACUUGCUUUCUUGCCAAAGAAAACAAACACCAGCAUAUAAGACCUGACCUCCUGCAAAAGCCCAUCACUCAGCUUUCUGUUUACUUUGGAGAGCUCACUGUGCCAUAGGAAGAUGCUGUAAAUGCUUUAGAUCAGGCAUAUGGAAGCAAAAAGCAUAAACACGGUGGAAACACAGUGCAUGCAGCCAAGGCUGAACAGUGAACAGUUUAUAGCUUGGAAAAAAACGUGGCCGGGGCUUUCAUCAACAGCCAAAGGCAUCUUCAGAGGCAGAUAGAAAAACAGAGUAGCAAGUGGCUGUGGUGGAAGAGAAACGACUUUGCUGUAUCUGGGACCCGAAGUCUGAAAAUUCAUCUCAAGGGAUAGGUGGCUUACAGUAAUUCAUGAUAUGAUGACAGGUUGUGGUUAAUAAAAUGCAUUUACUCAAAGUCUUAGCCAGCGAUUUUAAUCUGAUUCACUCCACGCUUGUUUGUGGGCGUGUCUGAAAGCUGAUUUUGUUUUUUAUACACAUAAAUCACCACUGGAUCAUGGAUUCCUAAGAAAUUAAAAAAAGAUUGAUUGUAUCCCAUUUUCUGACAAUGAAUAAAAUCUGUCAGAUGACUGGAAUUGAUCAACAUGGAGGCUGACAAGAAGGGUCAUGACCUUUACAAUCACAGGAGAAGGUAUGGUAAUGAAAGUCUUUGAAGCAGUUAUCUUGUCAGCUCUGCAUGAUCAAUGAACCAAUGUGGCCUUGUGUCUACAAUCACCGUAAGUCCUCAGUAGCCUUCUGAAUGUGUCAGACCUGUCAUGGUGAACUGUGCAGUAAUCAACAUAGGAGUUUGAGUUGUGACAUUUGAAUCAGGGCUUUAAGUCACACAAAGCACAUCAGCACAUCCUAAAGGUCUGUGUAACACUGGCCACGAUUUCCAGCCGCUGAGUCUUUUUUUUUUUCCCAGCACACACACAAGAACAAAAACAAGUACUGGUUUGAUAUAUGGACGUGUAUGUCACAGAGGUAUGCAUAGGUUUGACAGAAGCAAAUGUGUCCAUGUGCAGUCAAGACAGUAGCAAGGCGUCCAGUGAUAUCAACAAAAGCAACUCUGUGGUAGGUCUUAGUCAUUCUGUGGUUUGUAUCAGAACAGAAAGCAUACCCAUACAUGAAAAGAGUGCUUGUCACUCAAAAUAAUUUUCUUACAAUACACCCCGGUGUGUUCAGCACCUGUGACUGUGUCUUUUUUAAUAUUCUUUUCCUCUCAUGUAUAUAUUACACAUCUCAAUAUAAUUCAGUCCAGCCUCAAAAGUACAACCUCAUAGAGAUGAAUCACUGUUACACUGUGUCAAUUACCAGUAGGGCUGAAACUAACUCAUUAUUAUGUUCAUUAUUGAUUGAUUUAUAGAUUACAUUUUUGAUCAUGUAGUCUAUGAAAUGUGGAAAUUGGUGCAAAAGGCCCAUUACAGUUUCCCAAAGUCUAAUGUGACAUCUACAGUUGCUUGAUUGAUUCAUAAAAUCCUCACAUUUAAAAUGCUGUAAACAGUGGUUAUUUGGCAUUUUUGCUUGAUAAACAAAUUAUUUCUUGCAGCACUAUUGCACCAAAUUACAUAAAAUUGUACAGGUGAACCUAAUAAACUGGCAACUGCACAUUAAUAUUGCCUUAAACGUCUCCAAAGCAUCAGAUUUUCAGCUGUACUUGUGUUAAAAGGUCUGCUGCAAAGAAAAGCCUCACACGGUUGCUUGAAUUUUACAGAUUGUGUUUGUGUCUGUUUUGAGUUCUUCUUCUAGUUUAGUAGAUGUUUUAAUUUCUCUGAUUACAUUACUAAACAGCAUGGAGAUAUUCUGUUUACUGAGCUUGUAGUUGAUAUUACUCUCUGGAUCCAACAAAGCACACUGGAGCCAUUAUUCCUCUUUAUAGGCUCCCACAAGGGACAAUUACGAGAAAACAGUGUCAGGUUUUCACAGUUGAUGCUGUACACAUGGCCCGGCAUUUAAGGACUCUCUGUCCUCUGAAUUUUGAUAAAUGAAUAUUUUGAUAAUGAGGUGACUGUGCCAUCACACUGCAGGACACUAUUUUGAAUAACACAUUUCAAAUUGGACAAAAUAACCCUGUUUGCUCUGUGCCCAGUGGGAGAAGAGUACUGUAGCAAGCUAGUUUGCUAUAAAUUUAAUCCCCUACCACUGGGGCUAUGGAGCUGUAAUGUCAAGGUGAGAAAUGCAGACUUGAACCUGGAAGACAUCCGCUACUAAUGAUCAAAUUUUCUCGGAAAAUAUGUGUGGAGGAGGGGGAUGAGUCACAGUCUACCCUAGAGGUAUCACAGUGGGGAAUUAUCCCUGUGGCAUGCAGUCAAGACUGGUCUUAUUAACCCCACACUGGAAACAGUAUUAUUUGGUGGACAAGAAAGUGAAAUGGGAGGAUGGCUGAUUCUCACCAAUAACAUCUUCCUGGCACUGUAGAGGUGCCUCAUUUUUGGCAACUGUAGUAUCACGGCAAGAGUUUUUCUGCUUCAGAUAAAGUAGAAAAUGAUUUUGAGAUAACUGCUCUAUCUAGUUUGUUACUGAUACCUCUUACUAUUGGCCACUUUUGGGCAACAGCUCAACUAUGCUGUUAGUCCAAACGCCAUUUAAGUGUAGUGUAAGUGUAGUGUAGGUUCACAAAAUAAAAAUCAGUUACCAUAGUUUUACCUGCAAAACUAGUAACAUUUCCAUCAGCCUCAGCUGCACUCUCAGUUUAGCUAAGAGGAUUAACAUUAUAUCUCCGAAAACAUCAGCAUGUUAGCAUUGUCAUUGUGAGCAUGUUAGCAUGCUGACUCAUGUUAGUACAGCCUUAUAGAGCUGCUGGCUGUAGACUCUUAUGGCAUUUUCAAACCUGUGUUGUUUAGUCCAGUUGAAUCUGACACUGGUUCAUUUGCAUAGAUCUGAACAUAGCAAUCGUGCUCGGUUGCAGACCAAAAUGAUCACACCAAGACCCUCUAAAAACGAAUUGUGGAGCGGUUUAUUUGUGUGGAGAAUGUGAUCCAAUUUCAAUUUGACCCCAGUACAGGACGUACUCUGAAAGUUUGAGCUAAACAGCUCCCAUAGCCAGGUCUGCUUUGCAUACUGGUGUUGCUAGCACAGUGAAUUGAGGUCUGAUCAUGACUACCACCAAAGUUCAUUGCCUUGAUUGAUAUUUGGGCAGAUUGGACCUUCUGCAGAACCAUCUUCCUGUGUUUAUGUUCCUGAACCAAGGUCAAAAUGCAACAAGCUUACCAAUUUAUCCAGAGAUUCAGAUCAGAGCAAAUAAACAAUAGGUUUUUCAUUGUCCUUGGUCUUGGUUUUUAAAAUUUGCCUUCUGCGCUGUCUACCUGUCCAAGUGAUCCCAUCAUUGGUGCUUCUAUAUCCUGAUGCCACAGUUAUAGCAAAAUUGGUAAAGUGAUAAUUACUUUACUUUGGAGCUGGUUAUCAGGCUAACAGUAGCAUUCCACAAGUUGAGAAUGAUACACCUUAUUAUUGAACACUGUAUUGUUGUUUUUCUCUAUCAUAGUCAACCAUAGAAUGGCCCCACUAGUCUGCUCCUUAAAGUCUAUACAUGUAUGCAGAAUUCCACACAAGCAAGCAGUUAUACAAACAAGGACAAAGUCUUGCGACUUUGGUGUGACCGUGACAUAAGUGUCCAUAAUAAAUUCACUCUCUCACUCCUAUAGUAUAUUCUCUACAUAAUCUUUCUCAUGCUCUGAAUAAAACUGACGUGUUGCAGUGUAUUUCAUUUGUCAACAUAAGUGCACUAACCUUGUCAGUGGUACUUCCACAGCAGUGCGGAUGGUGGAACAGAAUAAAGAAUCUGAGAGCUUGUCAGGGAUCUCAGACAGACAGCAGCAUGGUGAGUGUGGUGAGAUAUAAAUUGUAAUGGCGUGUGUGGAUUGGUAACUGUGCUUAUCCCCAUUGGCUGAGAGAUGAGAGCAUUGUGCUAAAACAGUAGGCGAGUGUUAUACUGUUUUCACUAUUUUAUUUUAAAGGUAUUUUUGGACCUUACUUAGACAGGAUGGAUUGAGAGAGAAAGGAGGUCGACAUGCAACAAUGGUCCCAGGCUGGAUUCGACCCAGGGAUGCCACUUUUAUGGUCCAUGCUUUAGUGAGCUAAGCUACCAGGACACCCGUUCCAAUCUCUUAUGUUUUAAUGAUCACGUGAAGAGGGUGGUUUGGUCUUUCUCCAGUGUUUCUCUUUCUACUUUAUUAUCCUUUGCUGACCUUAAAGCUAUAACUGCUUUCAUCUCUUCUUGUCUAGAUUACUUCAACUCCCUCUACACUGCGCUCAGCCAGAAUUCACUCCACCUUCUGUAAUUAGCGCAACAUGCAGCCAAUGUGCUUUUAACCAACCGAGAAAGUUAAGAUCAUAUCAUGCCCAUGAAAGCCUCCCUGCACUAGUUUCCAGGAUGUUUCAGAAAAUACUUUUCAGACCCUUUAAUUCCUUAUGAGCCAGUGUGCAGCCUCAGAUCUACUGAGUGGAGACUCCAGACUGCUUCAAAGUCCAAGGUCCAUGGAUUAAGAUCAUCUCCACAGCACCACAGCCCUGAAUGAUCUUGCAGAAGCCCAACACACAUGAUAAUUUAAUCGUGUGCCGGUGCAGCUGUAAUACUAAGCUGUAAUGGGAAGCACUGCAAAGCGGCAAAGCUGAAGCUCCUCCACUGGAAGCACUGGAAUGUCUGUGGCCAAGACCACCGUGGACAAGUUGCUGAAGGGAUAUGACAUCCGUUUAAGACCUGAUUUUGGAGGUCCUCCAGUCAUCGUAGGAAUGAGCAUCAACAUAGCGAGCAUCGACUCCAUCUCAGAAGUAAACAUGGACUACACCAUCACAAUGUAUUUCCAGCAGAGUUGGCGAGAUAAGCGUUUAGCCUAUGGCGAGCUGAACCUAAACUUGACUCUGGAUAACCGUGUAGCAGACCAGCUUUGGCUCCCUGACACCUACUUCCUUAAUGACAAGAAGUCCUUUCUUCAUGGUGUGACAGUAAAAAACCGUAUGAUCCGACUGCACCCUGAUGGCACUGUCUUAUACGGGCUGAGAAUAACCACCACUGCUGCUUGCAUGAUGGACUUGAGAAGGUACCCUCUUGAUGAACAGAACUGCACCCUGGAAAUUGAAAGCUAUGGAUACACCACAGAUGACAUUGUAUUCUUCUGGCAAGGAGGAGACAAUGCUGUGACGGGCGUUGACAAGUUAGAGUUACCUCAAUUUUCCAUUGUGGACAUCCGCUUGGUGUCCAGGGAGGUCAGAUUUACUACAGGUUCAUAUCCAAGGCUUUCGCUGAGUUUCAGGAUUAAGAGGAACAUUGGAUAUUUCAUCCUGCAGACAUACAUGCCCUCCAUCUUGAUCACCAUUCUCUCCUGGGUGUCCUUCUGGAUCAAUUAUGAUGCCUCUGCAGCUCGGGUGGCCCUGGGUGUGACAACGGUGCUUACCAUGACAACAAUUAACACCCACCUUAGGGAGACUCUCCCGAAGAUUCCGUAUGUGAAAGCCAUCGACGUCUACCUCAUGGGCUGUUUUGUGUUUGUGUUCCUGGCCCUACUCGAAUAUGCCUUUGUAAAUUACGUGUUCUUUGGCCGGGGCCCUGCGCAACAGAAGAAAAUCAAUGAGAGGCUGAACAAAGCCAACAACGAGCGCACAAGAUACGAAGAGAAGCGCCUGAGGGAACAGGACUCCAUUUCCGUGCCGUUUCAAACCAACACCUUCAGGUCAUUUACACAGCGAAGAAAUCUGUAUCUCGAGGAACAAAGAAAAGUUGGGGUGGAUGCGUAUGGAAACAUUCUCCUCACCACACUGGAGAUGAAUAACGAAGUGAUGCCUUCUGAUGUGGGAAGCAGUGUCAGUGACUCUCGGAAUUCGGUCAUGUCCUUCGACAGCUCCGGGGUCCAAUUCAGGAAGCCCAUGGCGCCCCGAGAUGGCUUCAGCCACCACUCGCUGGACCGGAGCGCCAUGCGGAGCCGGGCCAACUGUCGGCUACGACGACGCUCCUCCAAGCUCAAGUUAAAAAUCCCAAACCUGUCAGAUGUUAGCACCAUUGACAAGUGGUCCCGGGUCAUUUUCCCUAUCACCUUUGGAUUUUUCAACCUAAUCUACUGGUUGUACUAUGUGAAUUGAUGUGCAUCCCACUAGGAAUCAUGGGCCAUAUUUUGAGAGCACAUUAAAUUGGCUUUGAUACAGUUCCAAAAUAUGUAUACACAUAUACAAGUUGAACAUAUGUAUAUGCAUAUUUCUAUAUAUUAUAUUUAUAUAUACACGUGUGAAAUCUGAAGGACCUUUCUGCUGUACAAAGUAUUAAUAGGAUGACUUGAAUGUUUAAGAAUAAUUGUGAGAGAAGAA